AUGGCGGAAGAUCUUAAUCUGAGAACAAAAGAUGAUUGGUGUUUGAUGGAGGAGGAGACUGUCCAGAGUCUCCUGUCAGAGUUAGAUGGAGGGAGAGAGCUACACAUCACUUGUCUGACAGGAAGAGACAGAGGAAACCCCGCCUCUCCCCCCUCUACCCCCGCUGAGAGCACUCUUACUGGAGCACAGUUCAGUCUGCUGCAGUCUCCUGUACACAUCGCCUUGGUAACAGCUUUACUCUGUUUGAUCUCUGUCUGUGUUUCUGAGUUCCACACUGUGGAGGUCCAGCCUGCUGAACAAGUCACACUGAUGUGCUCCAACUUCAGCAGCUUUACCGGGCACAUGUUCUGGUUCAGACUGGACAGCAGACCCAACAUCAGCCGUAUCUCCUCCAUGUGGAGCUCUGAUUCAAAUGCUUCACUCUACGAUGGAUUUCAAAAUGGAAAAUUUAACAUGACAUCCAACACCACUACCCUCUUCCUCAACAUCACCCAUGUGGAUUUCGCUGACUCUGGACUGUAUUUCUGUGGAUUUUACUCAGAUGGAAAGCCAGUAAUUGUCACUGCAACAUAUCUAAAAGUUCAAGAAGUGUUUGAUGGAAUAACGAGCCUGACCAGUGUGAUCCUCCUUGGUCUGAUUCUUUUCCUCGUUCCAGUCGUCAUUGGUCUAGUUGUCAAAAUCAGGAAAUUUCAUACAGAACAAUAUGACCAAAUGGAAAUCUAAAUGGGCACUGACAAGCUGUUUAAAAGCACCUGAAAUAACAUCACGUUAAAGAGUAUUACUGAGUGGACUAACAACAUGAUGGGUAAGCCUUCAAACUCAACACACUACUCAUUCCUAUCCCAAGAUGUGACAUUCACAAACAGCACGGUUUGUUGUAAGUCACACAAGUUCUUCAGGCUGUG